AUGAUUCCCCCAUUGGCACUGACAUUCACCAUUCACCAUUCACCGCUCGCCUUAUCGCUCCGGCCUCCGGUACCUGACGGGCGUCCUCUCCCGUGUGAACCUCCCCUCCCAAUUCUGCGCAAUCCAUUCACAAACCAAGAGGGGUCACCAGGUACCAUACCUGUCUUGGCUUUUCCACUGCCAGGUUCAGCCCAGUCGUCACACCCUCUCGCCCCGAAUUCUGACUCUUCGCUAUCCCCAUCUCGGCAUCUUUCCCACCUCGUGCUCUAUGUACUGACACUGGAGCUUCCUCCCUCUGUUCUGCCCAAGAGAAGGGGGGGGGGGGGGAGACAUCGAGAUCCCCACGGAAUCCGCUCCGGCGAUCAAAUUUUUACCCUCACUUCCCUGUGCCAGACGAUAUGGAGUAAUUCAUGGAAUCGAAAUUCAGAGACACAUGGCAGAAAUGCAACAGAGUUUUCGUCAUUCUCUGACUACUCUUUUGUCUUCUUGUUCCUCAUUCUCGUGCGUUUCCCGGCCCGGGCGCAACUGCCAGCUCACACCCGUUGGAUGUUUGAUGGGACUCUCAUCUGUCCGUUUCAAUGCACAAACGCAAACGUUCGCAGCGGACCACAACCCGCGCGCCGCUGCAUCGCACUACUGUACUCCGUACGGCUGCGUUCCUCUCCAUCAUUUCCCUCUCAUAGACUGUCACUCUCAUUCUGGUACCCCCGGAGCGUGUAUCCCUGCCUGCUCGAUAUCAAUAGCGCUGCUUUUGAUAUACCCGCUCAAAGUGCCGGCCGUUCUCCCAUUCUCAUUCCCAUUUCAUCUCUGAUUCAGUACCGACCUGGUCCGGCGUGUCGUCUCUAG